GAUGCAUUGAUUAUGUGAUCAUUUUCAACCGGAGCUCCGGUGGCCGAACUUUGGGUUCCCGUCAUUCGGUCAGACCUACGUCACGGGCUUCGCUACCGGGAUAUAUAACAACGCCCUCACGGAACAACGAGUCCUGUGAUUAAAGUCCCGACAGCGCUCUGCAGACUUCUUCUUUCUUCCUGGAUCAUUUUGGCUCUACCCCGACAGAUCGAGAUGCCGAAAGGACCGAGCCGACCGCAGGAGUUUGACGGACAGAUGGACGUGUCAAUCAUCCGGAUCCCGCCCCACCACUACAUCCAUGUGCUGGACCAGAACACCAACAUCGCCCGCGUGGAGAUCGGCCCGCUCACCUACAUACGGCAGGACAACGAGAGAGUGCUCUUCUCCCCGGUCCGUAUGAUCAUGGUGCCGCCGCGCCACUACUGCGUCAUCGCCAACCCCGUCGCCCGCGACGACGAAGGCCUGGCGCUGUUCGACCAAUCAGGACAGGCCAAGCUCCGCCACGCGGACCUGGAGAUCCGGCUGGCCCAGGACCCCUUCCCCCUGUACCCGGGAGAGGAGACCCAGCUGGAAGUGACCCCCCUGGUCAUCGUGUACCCCGACACAGCGCUGCGGCUCCAGGCACUGCUGGACUUUGAGGACGUUAGCGGAGGAGAGCAGCGCGUGGCCGGAGACGAGUGGCUGUUUGAGGGGCCGGGGACCUACAUCCCCAGGAAGGAGGUAGUUGUCUUGGAGACAGUGAAGGCCACGGUGAUCAGAGAGAACCAGGCCAUCCGCCUCCGCGCCCGCAAGGAGGGGACAGACCGGGGUGGCGUGCACCGCGUCACAGGCGAGGAGUGGCUUGUCAGGAAGGUGGGGGCGUAUCUCCCGGGAGCCCAUGAGGAGGUCCUGGACAUCGUGAACGCCUUCAUCCUCACCGACAAGAGGGCGCUGCACGUGCGGGCGCUGCGGCACUUCAAGGACGCGGGCGGCCGGGACCGGCGCACGGGGGAGGAGUGGCUGGUGACGCUGGCGGACCGCGAGGCGCACGUGCCGGCGGUGGCGGAGGAGGUGGUGGGCGUGGUCGAGGUCACCACGCUCAGCAGCCGGCAGUACUGCGUGGUGCUGGACCCGGUGGGCGCCGACGGGAAGCCACAGCUGGGCCAGAAGAGGGUCGUCAAGGGGGAGCGCUCCUUCUUCCUGCGUCCGGGGGAGUGUCUGGAGGACGGUAUCCAGGACGUCUACAUCCUGUCUGAGGACGAGGGGCUGGUGCUCCGCGCCGUGGAGACCUUCCAGGACGACGACCAGGAGGAUGUGCAGGAGGAGGAGCCCCAGAGGCCGAAGCGCUCCAAGACGGUCCGUCGUCCUGGCGACCGCUGGAUGCUGCGGGGGCCCAUUGAGUACGUUCCCCCGGUAACGGUGGAGGUGAUGGUGCGACGCCAAGCCAUCCCAUUGGACGAGAAUGAGGGCCUGUACGUCCGCGACAUCAAGACGGGGAAGGUGCGAGCGGUCAUCGGCCACACCUACAUGCUGACCCAUGACGAGGAGCUGUGGGAGAAGGAGCUGCCGGCCAACGUGGAGGUGCUGCUGGCCGCGGCCCGCGACCCGCUCACCCACCGCUCGGACCGCUCGGCCGCCGGGGCCGCCGCCCCCCGCGACCGCACCCGCAUGGUCUCGUACCGCGUGCCCCACAACGCCGCCGUGCAGGUCUACGACUACCGCGAGAAGAAAGCCAGGGUGGUGUUUGGUCCGGAGCUGGUGAUGCUGGGGCCUGAUGAACAGUUCACGGUGCUCUCGCUGUCCGGAGACAAACCCAAGAGGCCCAACGUCAUCAAGGCCGUCUGCCUGCUGCUCGGACCCGACUUCUUCACGGACAUCAUCACCAUAGAGACGGCGGACCACGCCCGCCUGCAGCUGCAGCUCUCCUACAACUGGCAUUUUGAAGUCAAGGCCCCGUUGGACGUGGAGCAGGCCACCGCGCUGUUCUCGGUUCCCGACUUCGUGGGCGACGCCUCCAAAGCCAUCGCCUCGCGCAUCCGCGGAGCCGUUGCCUCCGUGCAGUUUGAUGACUUCCACAAGAACUCCAACCGGAUCAUCUUCUCGGCCGUGUUCGGUUUUGAUGAGAAGCUGGCGGUGCGCAACGUGCUGCGCUUCUCCCAGAACCUGCUGGUGAUCAGCAGUGUGGACAUCCAGUCGGUGGAGCCGGUGGACCAGCGCACCCGCGACGCCCUGCAGAAGAGCGUCCAGCUGGCCAUCGAGAUCACCACCAACUCCCAGGAGGCCGCCGCGCGCCACGAGGCCGAGCGCCUGGAGCAGGAGGCCCGCGGUCGACUGGAGCGCCAGAAGAUCACCGACCAGGCUGAGGCCGAGCGGGCUCGCAAGGAGCUGCUGGAGCUGGAGGCCCUGAGUGCAGCGGUGGAGAGUACGGGAGCAGCGAAGGCGGAGGCUCAGUCCCGGGCGGAGGCGGCUCGGAUCCAGGGCGAGGCGGCGGUCAACGAGGCCAAACUCAAGGCUGAGGCCCAGCGCAUCGAGGCGGAGGGGGAGCUGCAGCGGCUGACCAAGGCGCGGGAGCAGGAGCUGCUCUACCAGAAGCAGGUGGACCUCCAGACGGUGGAGAAGACGCAGAAGCUGGCCCAGAUCGAGGCGCAGCGCUUCAACGACAUGAUGACCAGCCUGGGCAAAGACACGCUGAGCGACAUCGCCCGGGCCGGGCCGGAGAUGCAGGCCAAACUACUCCAGUCUCUGGGUAUAAAGUCCACCCUCAUCACUGACGGCUCGACCCCCAUCAACCUGUUCACCACCGCUAGCGGCCUGAUGGGGGCGCUGCCGGGCCAGUGAGCUCAUCGACGCCGUGAUGUCAGCCAGAUGAUGUCAUCUACGCUGUGAUGUCACGGUUCUUCCUGAAGAAGCUUUCUACUAAAGAUCAUAAUCAUGUUGCCACGCUUUCCGAUCGCAUGGACCCGCACACACAAUGAGAAAUACACACCAUGAGAUACAAACACCAUGAGAUACACACAUUAUGUACACAGCAUGACCAAAACUACAUGCAACACACAGCAUACUGUAGUAAUGUGUUCAGUAAUGCAAUGAUAUCUUUGUGCCUUAUAAAGUUCUGUUUGAAUCUUCAAAA